AUGGCCUCAACUGAGAGCUCCAGAUCUUCAACUUCUGGGUCUCCUGAUUCAUACAUAGGCAGCUUGAUAAGCUUGACGUCUAAGUCUGAAAUCAGAUAUGAAGGUGUUCUCUUUAACAUCAACACUGAAAAAUCUAGCAUCAGUUUGAGAAAUGUAAGUGACAUAAAGGACUUGCAAGUUAAAUCUUCUCCAUCAGUUCAGACCUCAGCACCUAUACACAACGAUCCUGCCAUUAUACAACUAGUGAGGCCAACAUUUCAAAGCAUUCUUCCAUUAUAUCAACCUGGUGCAAGUUUAGGGCCAUGGGGUUCAUUGACUGCUCCAACCACAAAUGGUGGGCUUUCCAUGCCUAUUUACUGGCAAGGUUACUAUGGGUCAACAAAUGGUCUUCCUCCACAGCAGCAACCUUUACUCCGACCCCCACCUGGCUUGUCAAUGCCACCUUCCAUGCAGCAAUCUAUGCAAUAUGUAGCCAUGAAUGUGUCAUUACCUGCUGCAGCUUCUAACUUGCCAGCUUCUCAAUUUUUCGAAAACAAAUUGACGUUAGCACCAGACAUCUCUACAUUUAUUCGAGCAAGGGCAGCUGCCUAUCCUAUAUUUGUGAUGAUAGAGAGGAAUACAAUUAGCAAAAUUAGCUCCAAGACAGGCUCACCCAAGACCUUAAACCGGAGCCGUUAA